CGAAUGUGUGGAUGGAGGUCGAUUUGGUAACGGCGUUGGCCAUCGAGGCCAUCGUUCUGCUGGCGUACUAUUACGCUUACAGAAAGUAUCAGUACUUCCUGUCGAAACCGGUGCCAUGUCUGAAGCCGACCCUGUUCCUGGGCAGCACUGCGCCGAUGCUCUUCCGUCAGAGGGACAUGCCGUCGCAGAUUCAAAUUUACUACGACACCUUCCCGGAUGCAAAGUUGAUUGGCCUAUACGAUCGGAUGAAUCCGAUCUAUCUGUUGCGAGACCCGAAGAUGAUUAAGAAGCUGGGAGUCAAGGAUUUCAACUACUUCCCGGACCACGCUCCCUUUAUGACCAACGGCAAAGAUGAGGAGGAUUCGGGUAAAAGUUUGUUCGGGAACUCGCUCUUUUCACUACGCGGUCAAAAGUGGCGGGAUAUGAGAGCGACGUUGAGUCCGGCAUUUACUGGGAGCAAAAUACGUCACAUGUAUGAAUUCGUGGCCAAAUGUGGCCAAUCGAUGGUGCAGUUUCUGAAGGCCGAAGCCGUCCAAGGCAAGGAGCUGGAGCUGGAUAUGAAAGACGUGUUUUCACGCUUCGGAAACGAUGUGAUCGCGACGGUGGCUUUCGGGAUUGAGGUGGACUCGUUGCGCGAUCGUGAAAACGAUUUCUACGUUAAGGGUAAACAGCUGCUGAGGUUUGAUUCGAUUCUAGUUCUCGUUAAAAUGAUUUCCAUCAUGAUGAUGCCCAAGUUGAUGGAAAAACUGGGCGUAGAUUUUGUGGAUCCAAAAUUGACCCAGUACUUCAAGAAUAUGAUCACUGACAAUAUGAAGCAGAGGCAAGCCCAAGGCAUCAUCAGAAAUGACAUGAUCCACAUGUUGAUGGAGGUUAAGAAGGGUUCGCUUAAGUAUCAGGACGAAGAAAUGAGCGUUAAAGACGCCGGAUUUGCUACGGUAGAGGAGUCCACUGUCGGAAAAGCUUCCCAUACGAGGGUUUGGAAGGACAACGAAUUGAUCGCCCAGUGUUUCCUGUUCUUCCUAGCCGGGUUCGACUCCAUUUCUUCAGCAAUGUGUUUCCUAGCCUAUGAGCUGUGCUUAAAUCCAGAGGUUCAACAGAGGUUAUACGAAGAAAUUGUUGAAACCGAUCGAUCCCUUAACGGUAAGCCCUUGUCCAAUGAAGCCCUCCAAAAAAUGGUCUACAUGGACAUGGUUGUAUCGGAGGGCCUUCGUAAAUGGCCUCCGGGCAUCAUCAUGGACCGUUUCUGUACCAAGGAUUACGUGUACGAUGAUGAUCAAGGAACUCGCUUUUUGAUCGAGAAAGGUCGCACCGUUUGGUUCCCAGCCAUGGCCAUCCAUAGAGAUGCGAAGUACUACCCCAAUCCGGACAAAUUCGACCCGGAACGCUUUAGCGAGGAGAAUCGAUCGAAGAUCAAUUCCGGAGCCUAUAUGCCGUUUGGUGUGGGUCCGCGGAACUGCAUCGGAUCUCGACUGGCGCUGAUGGAGGUCAAAUCGGUACUUUUCUGUUUGCUGAAAGAUUUCCGCCUGGAACGCACUGCCCGAACCGAGGAUACCGUUAAGCUUUCGAAAAGUUCGUUAGGAUUGAACGCAGAAAAUGGCAUCUGGUUGAAGCUUAAGCCUAGAAGUGGCUUGUAGUUAUUCAAAAGUGUAUAACAAUUGUUAACAACAAUUGUGAGUGACAAAUGAACAUCAAGUGUAAGAAAUUUCGAUUCGCAAUAUGUUACAGUAAAAAC